CGCCGACUAAUCUCCACCCGGUGUCCAGUGAGUCUCCGUCCUGCACCUCCAUCGCUCGUCCUCAGGGGAGACAGGGGUUGCCUGGAAGACGUGGAUAAGGCAGAUCCCCCUCCCCACACACACACACACACACACACACAUUGAGCCGCGAAGAUGAACUGCCAGCCCCCCGCAGGAAGCGCUCUCGCCACUCCGGCCGGCCCCGGGGGGCCCUCCACACCCAAGAAAGGCCCCCCCAAGUUUAAGCAGAGGCAGACGCGCACAUUCAAGAGCAAAGCCCCCAAGCCGGGACAGAAAGGGUUUGGGGACGACAUCCCGGGCAUGGAGGGGCUUGGCACAGACAUCACUGUCGUCUGCCCCUGGGAGGCUUUCGGCGACAUGGAGCUCAGUGACCUCGCCAAAUACGGCAUCAUCUGAGCGCCAUGGCCCCUCGUUCACCAUCUGCUCCGCUACGCCCCCUAGAGCUACGUCCAGCUCCCGACCUCUCCUCCCUCCAGCCGUUACACUCCUGUGUGUGUGUCUGGCCAUUUCCUGCAGCGUGACCAUUCCGUCUCCCAGCAACAACGGAGCAGUAACUGUACAGCCUAGAUAUAUAUAUAGCGCCCUCAAGCAUGUGCUUUGCUUAUAGCAGUCAAGUAUCAGUAAAGCUUGUACUCACUCCUGCAUUCGUAUUAACUGCUGCAUGAUCUCUGCCCUCAUCAUGGUUUUUCUGCUACUGUGGAUGUUAAGCGAUAUUUUUAAACACCGGAAUGUACUUGUGAACGGACUGUACUUGUAGAUGGGCCGCAACACCUACCGGGUAGUAAUGAUGUGAGUGGUACAAUUAUAAAUAAAAUGACCAUGUAAAAACCCAGCAUAACGGCCCUCGCCCCCCCUCCCCAUCAGCACUGUAAUAUAAAGCUUUUGCUCACAUACUUUCUCUAGUGACGUCUGCCUAGCAUAGAUUGCCAUCAAAACAUGUUCAAUAAAAUUCAACUUUAA